AUGUUAAAACUGCCUCCAUUAAUAAACGAGGAAGAGGAAGAGGAAGAAGAAAUUACUGUUAUUCGAAAUGUUCCUCGUAAAUUGUCUUCUGUAGACGAAGUUUUUGAAAGUGAUUUCUUCGCAGAAGAACACAAC